AUGAAAUCUCAGGAUUACCACCAAGCGCGACCACACAUAAUAACACUCUUGAGUCUUUGGACAUUGACCCACGCGUCAAAAUGCGCUCCGAGUCGGAGGAUGAAUACGAAGUCGAGUCAGUCACUCAAGCAAGACUUGCGAAGAAGGGAAGGAAAACGUUUUGGGAGUAUCGUGUCAAGUGGAAAGGCUUCCCUCCAGAGGAUAACACGCAUAUGGGAACCUAUCGGGUCCUUUGAUUUCAACUCGGACAUAAUUGCGAGCUUCUGGGCGCGUAUCGAUCUCGGAGGUCGCGACAUGAACGACCUCACCUUGUUUAAAGUCGGAGAUGAGUUCCUCCCCAUGGGUCCCCCACGUCGGAAGCUCAAAUCACGAGCUUCCACGACUACUGUUCCCGUCGUGACCGAGUCGAGCACUCCCCGCUCCGCCAAACGUCGACUUGAAUCACCUCCGCCCGAUCUUGAGUUGAAACCUCCCAAACGCACGCGAGGGCGCGCACCAGUAACCUCUUCCCGACCUGUCGAGACAUCCGAAGCUGUGCUCGAAACACCUCGCCGUCCCCAUCCAUUACCAGCCGUUUCGUCGACACGAUCCAUCCGUCGUAGUACAAGGAAACGCACCCCAUCUCCGCAAAUCAUCCCCGAUUCAGAAGACGAAGCGGAUUUGCUAUCCAUGCCCGCAGAUUCCUCUACAACGCUAUUCAGCCCUUCGUCGGGGAAUCACGGAGUUACAGACGAGAUUUUUGGGGAGAGCUCCAAGGUGCCUGCUCAUCGAGUCAGGGCCGCCAAUCCGCUCGUCAAAUUGGUGGACGACUUCGCCCCAUUGGCCGGUGCCAUCUCAGCCAAGGCACGAUUGGAUGCCAGGGACCCCACAUCGAGCAAUCCGCUUGAAGCUGGCCCUUCGAAGAAGAAACCGCGUAAAUCUGGCUCCGGACGGCCCUCUGAAGAUUUGAUCAUCAAGAAAACGAGGAGUUCCCUGCUAACCUUUGACAAGGGUUCUCUGAAGACAAUCAAAGGAAAAUACAUUCCUCCUGCACAACCAGAAAGUGAAGAGACUGUGGAAGAUGCUAUCGAGACUACUGUGCCACCUAGUGGUGAGGAAUUGCUGAAACUCGGUGGCUUCGACGCCGAGGCCGCAGAUGAAUUAGAGAACUUCGAAGACGCUGCGCUGGAUGGCCAGGAUGAUUUAUAUCAAACAAGUUUGAGUAUCGCCAAAAAUAAUCUGUUUCCUCCAACACCAACAGAAUCAACCGCACCAUCCGUGCCAACGCCCACAGGUUGGCUCAGGUCAACGAUUUUUGGUCCGCUGGGAAUUGGAUAUGGUACAACAUCACCGUCUUUGGGCGUGAAACAACUGCAUCUCAAACUAGACACCAAUGUGUCCAUUCCAUUAGAUCUGGUGGAUGUACACAAGUCUUUAGACGCAUUGGUGUGCGGUCUCGGGCAGACGGGACCAUCGGGUCUUUUCUUCGACUCAGCAAACGCGUCCGCAGUUCUUGAUUGUGUUCGCUCAACUGGGUCAGCCGCAGCCCGAUUGGUCUUGAAUGCGAAUGCUACAACAUCAGAGACUGAGCACUUUACCACCUUCCGUGAUCGUUUGGCGCGAGGUGAACUGUUCACUGUGAUGAUUGGGAGUUGUUUCCUGGCCUGCUUCUCUUCCGACUUUCCGUUGAAGCACCGUAUGAAUUUGCCCUCUUCUCUAGUUUCAUGUGGGCAAGACAGUAUCCUUGCCGCGCAAAUCGCCAUCGAAAACGAGAACGCUUAUCUGACUGCGUCAGAAAUUGCCAGUCGGUGGUGA